UUACAAACAAACAGUAAUUUAGAACCUCUUAUGCAUUUACAUUUAAAUACUAAAAUAAACUUGGAAGCUUUUUCAGAUUUUAAGGCUGUAUUUAUUAAACCAAUUAUGUGUUGAUAAAACAAGUCAUACAAUCAAGCAAUACAUUUCCAUUAUUUUAUCAAAUUUAACAUUUCUUCACUGCCCCAGUCAAAUUCUUUAUUUAUUUAAAACUCUUACCAUCCCUUCUCGUUUUAACGAGUCAAUGAGUUGUUGACUCAAAAGCAUCACGAACCGAGUCGUAAUAGAAACGCUCAGACCCGUUCUGUAAACAGGUUCAACAGAUUCCUGAAAAGAUCCGACUCGCAAAAACGAUUCGUUCAUCGCCAUUUUUAAUAUGACACUCAUGCCGCCAGACAGGCAGAUGCGACGCAAAAGCCGAAGACGUUCGCCUGACGCAUGUUGUAAACAUAGAUCAUCCAAAAAUAGAACAAAUGAAAGGCAAGAAAGCGUCCCGCGUAAACGCCCACGGAAGAAAUCCGACACCGCGCAACUAUGAUCAGGAUGUCGUGUGUUGUUCUUUUGUUGGUUUUGAGCUCAACGCAGAGCGCAUAGAAAUACAUAUCUCCUUUCAACGAAACGGAACCGCCCAACCCCUGAAGCUGCUACAGCAUUACGUCAGCCACUGGACGAGGUGCGUGCAGUAGCGCACGCAUCCCUUGAACCAUAGCAGUACAGAAACAUCACUACCCACAAAGCUACAGAUUGUGCGCAUGCGCGCUCUGAGCGGAAAAACUACAAACGCGUUAACUCCGAUUGGCUACAGACAAAAGAACUACAACCCCCAAUAGACAUGCGCAAAAAGUCCCUCUUAAAGCCUUUUAAAUUUACGUGCAAAAUGGCUGCACAGGUCGAUCUGCUUCGCGUCAAAGUAGAGGAGAAGAGCAGGGACAGCUUUGACAAAGCCACCAAAGAGAAGAAAAAGAAGAAAAAACGAGAAUGUUCGCCGUCAGAUGACAAGCGCGAUAGAUCGGAGAAGGAAGCGAAGAAAAUAAAGCUACAUCACCACCAACACAAUCACCAACAUGCCCAACAACGAGCGCAUCCACCGCACCAACAACAGAACAGCCAAGCGCGCAACUUCAGCAAAGAGCAGGUACCUGUGCAACACCGUCAUCCUCUCCAUCAUCACCACAACAGCACCAAGAAAGAAUUACCUCCGGUCUGGCCGCCGCGCAAAGUGACACCAGCAGCCCACGUCCCGCAGAAGACGGUCCUGCCGCCUUCCCCGCUGUUCACUUUCACGCCGCUCAAAGUAGCGAAGGCCAAGCCCCUCAAUAACAAGCCCAAACACAUUGAGAAGGACGCGAAACUUAAGCCCAAGAAGGAAAACGCCGAGGCGAACGUUAAAGUGGAGGAAUGCAAGAAGAAGAAAGAGCCCCACAGUGAGAAUGGCAAAACCCAGACCCUGGAGGAAUACCUCCUAAAGAAAAAGAAAAAGAAGAAGCGGCAUCGUGAAGAUGAGCGUGGCAAGAAGUUACACGUACACAACAAAGAGGUGCAGACGGUGUGUGCAGGAUUGACAGGAGAUGCUCCACCUCUUUCUGAAGACCCUGUCGUACACGCGUACAUCAAAGAUGAAAAGUCUUGUCCGGGCUUUGGUGAGUUCCACACUCCCAAAGUUGGGAAGAAGCCGUUCCUCUCGCACCAAGACCACUUCAUCCGCAGCUCGUGGCUUCAGACCAACUCCUCCUUCAGCAGACUCAUCCAUGAGGAAAAGCAGCCCAAUGGAGGGGCAUCAGUACUACAUGCUUAUGCAGAUGAACUGUCCUUACUGCGGCCCGGGGACACUGAAAGAUUCGCCCAGGAGUUCCUGGAUCUCGCCUUCGCUGAACACCCGAAAGGAGCUGCGCGCUACGCACUCGCCGUGGUGCAUGGAGCGGCCUCCUACCUGCCCGAUUUCUUGGACUACUUUGCCUUCAAUUUCCCAAAUACGCCUGUCAAGAUGGAAAUUCUUGGUAAAAAGGACAUUGAGACCACCACGAUUGCCAACUUCCACUCCCAGGUGAGCCGAACAUACUGCUCUGGGACAUAUAGAGCUGGUCCCAUGAGGCAGAUCAGUCUGGUCGGUGCAGUAGAUGAGGAAGUGGGCGAUUACUUUCCAGAGUUCUUGGACAUGCUUGAGGAGUCUCCGUUUCUUAAGAUGACUUUGCCAUGGGGAAGCCUGUCCAGCCUGAAGCUUGACUGCAGGUCCCAGAGCGACGAUGGUCCCAUCAUGUGGGUGAGACCUGGAGAGCAGAUGGUCCCCACAGCUGAUAUGCCCAAGUCUCCAUUCAAGAGACGAAGAUCAAUGAAUGAGGUCAAGAACUUGCAUUACCUCCCGAGAACCAGUGAACCGCGUGAGGUGCUGUUCGAGGAUCGGACACGAGCCCAUGCUGAUCACGUUGGCCAGAGCUUCGACUGGCAGAGUACAGCAGCUGUGGGUGUCCUGAAAGCAGUGCAGUUUGGGGAAUGGAGUGACCGGCCACGGAUAACCAAAGAUGUGGUCUGUUUUCACGCUGAGGACUUCAAUGAUGUCGUUCAAAGGCUUCAGCUAGACCUGUAUGAGCCACCUGUAUCGCAGUGUGUCCAGUGGGUGGACGAUGCCAAACUCAACCAGUUACGACGGGAAGGUAUCCGCUACGUUCGUGUGCAGCUCUGCGAUGACGACAUCUACUUUAUCCCCCGCAACGUGAUCCACCAGUUUAAAACAGUCUCGGCCGUGUGCAGCCUGGCGUGGCACAUCCGUCUAAAGCAGUACCACUCCGAGGAAGAGGAGGAGGUGGAGUCAAAGGACGUUAAGACCAAGGACCUGUGUUCCACAUCCUGUCCUCCCCCCUCUUCUUCCCCUGUUCACCCGGACACCAAAGUCACCUCCUGCGCCCGGCUACAAACAGACACGGCACAAGGUGGGGUGGCGAAAACGGACGAGCUGGUUUUCCAGAGGCCCGCUACGCCACCCAGAGAGCCGCAGCCCUCGCCUCCACAACCGGCUAAAUCCGCCCACACUGUUUCCGCCGCUCCCUGUUCGGAGACCAGCCCUCUCCCAGCGUCCUGCCCUCUGUCCUCGCCCACACCAGAGCAAAUGCUUCCACAGGUUCCCACCGAGCCUGCAUCAGACUCCUCCUCACUCAAUGGCAGCAGGUCCACGGAUUUCCCCAAAUGACUUCCGAAUCCAUCCUUUUGUGGAGGGGUGGAGUUUUAUUUCACCUAACAGACUUGACUGACAUUCCACAGUGUAAAAAAAAAAAAAAAAAAAAAAAAAGGAAUAUCUGGACUUUGCCUAAAAAUUAUGAAGACUGUAUAUUUUUCUUUUUUAGAUUUUGGUUAAGAAAAUGACCCCACAAGUACUUUUUAGGUUUUUCUCAGCCAAAGUAUUUAAUUUGAAAUAUAUUUUUGCUGAUUACUCAGUAUUGUUUUAUAUUUGUUUAUAUAUUAUUAUAAAUGAGAUGAAUUAUCUCUCAAGAGGGACUUUUCAUGUUGUUUCCCAGGCCAUCAUGUGCAUCAUGUUGAUCUGCUAAUUGGUUUUACAAACAAGGAAAAAAAAGUGCCUGUCACAAGUGGAGAGCAGCAAUCAUAUCUUAAAAGAGAAAAUAGUCUUUUUUUUUUUUUUUUCUUUUUUUUUUCUUUCUUCCCAUGGUGUAAUGUCACUCUGAAGUAUCUGACGUAUUUAAGCUAGGCUAGAGAGAAGGUAUCAGUUUCAAGUGAGAGAUUUGCUUUUUCAUUGAUCAUCCUCUGGUUUUAAAUUAAAACACUUUGCUUGAAGGAAAAUUAAUUAUUUUUUGAAUGAGUAAUGGCAGUAAUUAUCAAAGAGGAACCUGUGCAUUACCUCUCAUGUAUGCAGGAAAUAGGAUAUGGCCUCCACAAGAGGGUUGUUCAUUUGUUUGUUCAUUUUAAUUAUUUAUUUUUGUCCAGAAUAGUCAGUCUUUUAAGAUCAUGGUCAUAAAUUUUAUUUGUCAUGUUCAUUUUCUGUCUGUUGUGUAUACAGAAGCCAUUGUGCUUUUUCUUUUACAUUUUUACUUUGGGCUAGGAAGAGAUAUUCCAUCUAAGACCGAACUUUAGCAGAAAAUUAGAUGGAAAUGUAAUAACCAAACCUGCACUCAGGGGCAACAUGCUGAUGCCUUUUCAUUUGGUCGAGUCUCCUUCUACUGUGUUUACUUUUGAAGUUUUAUAGUAAUCUAAUCCAUUUGUUCAGAUUAUUGGGACUUACUGAGCUCUUGAUCCUAUAAUUCUGACAUGUUAGAAUGAGCUUUAUUUAAGGAAACGGCCCCUUGAUUCAAAUGGAUCAUCUAAACAAGCUUCCAUUCAGAUUUUACACCUGUUCCUGCUCAUACUGUCAUAGUAGUUUUAGAUUCCGAACAGAAAGAUUUUUUUUUUUUUUUUUUUUUAAAUCAUACUUUAUUAUGCUCUGGACUUUUGUGUUUCUGUCUGUCUUUGUGUCACCAUUUUUAUUUUUUAAUGUCCCAAAUUAUUAUUCCUGUUGCUUCGGCCAUUUUAAGCAUUUGUUGAAUUUUUCUGAAAGUCAGUGAGUGCAAAUAUGAAUUAACUCAGUAAUACACAUGAACGUGGUAUGAAUAAAUUCCUGCGCUUUUCUUGAACCAGAAAACUGUUAUUGUAUGUUGCUGUUCCCAUAAUCUGCUCCUUCAAAAAACAUUUGAUAUCAUCAUAAGUAAAGUAGCAGAAGGUAUAUGCCCAGUACUAUCGCAUAACACUUGUUUCUUAUGUGUUUGAACUGAAGUUGUCCUUAGUAAUUUAUGAUAAGCAUUCUAGGGUGACUAUGCCAUCCGAUUUAGUUGGAUGAGUGCAAUUUAGCUUUCACUUGCUAAGUGUAGUAGCGUGUCAGUAAUGUUUUUGCACAUGUUGAUGUGGUUCUUUUGAAUGGGAUUUAGUCUUAAAGCAGGCAUUCAAUGUUUUUGAAAGGGUUGUGGGCAGUAGUUGUGCUUCUCCAUUGAUGCCAAAAUAUUGCUAAUGACUGAUUUGAAUGUAAUUUCACACCAGCAAGCCAAUCAGUCUACAUUGAUUAUGGUUUCAACAAAAUGAUCUAAUGGCUUUCCCUAAUCAAAUGCAUCCUGUAAAAAUGAGUGCCUUCUAUCAAGUCUUUAAUUGUCUGCUAUUAAGCUAAUUGAUGUUAUACAAGUUGUACAAAGGAUUAAUUACGAUGGAAUUUCUUAAAGUCUGGCAAUAAGUAAUGAUUGGGUAUUUAUUAUUGUAGAAAAAUGCUAAUUCUACUAAUCCAGAACCAACUGAAGGUGACCGCUUUAUCGGCCACCAAAGGACGACAAUGCAAAAAUAGAAAAAUUGGUGGUAAAUGACAUUGAAAUUUUAUAAUCAUGUGCAAUAUGAAUCAUAUCGGCUUCUUAUAUUUCCCACUGUUUUUUAAUUAGGAUUACGAUUAUAUAUGCAGGUUGGAAAGCCUAAACAGUAAUCAUUUUCCCCACUUUCUCAGUUUCAGAUUCUGCAGAUUAGUGGUUUUGUUUAGUGAAAGAAAAGAUACUUUCAUAUUUCACUUAAUACUUAAAUUGGAGGUCAUUAUUUAUCAAUCCAUUAAGAUGAAUCUUCCCAUAUAUACAGACAUGUUCUCCACUCAGUAACACACGAUUAUGCUUUUACACCUUACAGUUUCAUGGUAUAUUAAAAUAAACAUGAUGUUUGGCGUUCUAUGUUUCUUCUGAAUUUUGGCAGCUAGAUUCUUUUUUGUGUUGAUCAGGUUUUUGAUGGUCGUUUGUAAUAUAGGAAAAAUCCACUUAGGGAUCAAGGCAUGCUCUGUGUGUUUGAUUCAUUAUUUGCUCUGUUUGAUAUUUGUAUAAAGGUUUUCAAUUUCAUUGAUUUUUAAGGACUAAUUAGAUGGUCAAUUAUGAACAUAGUCAAAGUAAUGUUUUGUAAAUGCUAAGUUACAUUUAAUAGAACUGUCAUGUGGAUCUUUUCAAUUGUGUAAAAAUGCAAUGGAAUGCAUAGACUUUUUCUGUAUUUUUUUAAAUAAACCAUUUUAUGAGUGUACCAAGGUGAAGCAUUUCUUAAAGGGGACUUUUUCCACUGUAGCAGAAAAGAAAAAUAUGCAAAUGAGCAAACACAGUUAAAUACAGUCACAAACCAUAAACUUGAUAACAGUUAUUCACAAUCCUUUGUCAUUUUUGUCUCUUUCGAACAGACCUGGCACCAAAUGUGCUGUUGUUAAAUCCAAAGUUAUGUAAUGUAGAAAUAGUUUGAUUGGCCAUGGUUACCUGCAGCUGUGCGUUUUAUAAAAUACAUUAAAAAGUUAAUUUAUAUUACCUAUGAGAUUAUAAAAAUGUCUACUUUUCUGUACAAUCAUCUCUUAUUAUCUUGUCUUUAGUUGCACAAUCAUUUGUUUUUAUAUACAUUUCAGUUGCGAGGUCAAACAGGCCAUUUUCUUGCAUUAUACCUUUACAUGUAGUCAAAGUUCUGACAAAGGCACAAUCUGUAUAAAUGUCCAUAUGUUGUGUGAGGUCAGUGGUUGGUCUACUAUCCCUCAAAAACCACAGUGCUUGUCUCUCUGAGGCUGAAAGAAAUCUUUGCUCAGUAAAUUCCCUUCUUGCGAGUCUGUUCUCCUUUUCUUUCACCUUCGACAUGAACUAGACCCAUGUUUCUGGCUUAUUUCGUGGGCCCUUAGGCUUUCCAAAACGAGAUCCAAAAG